UGUCGGCCUCGCGUGCGCUCUGUGGUUGCCCCUUGCCCUCGGGCCCGCCCACCUUGCGCGGUUGUCUUGGAGAGGGACGCUGAGGCGACGCCGCGGCAGGCGGGUCCCGCCUGUGGACGCGGAAUAGAGACCCUUGAUUCGGCCACCUCCAGGGCGAGCCCCACAGAAUCCCGUCCUGCCUCCUUGCCCCCGUGAGUGUCCCCAGAGUCGCUGCGGACGGCACCAGCAUGUCGGGCGAGGCGAGCGCACCACCAGUGGCCUCACCCAGGGCCCCGCGUCCCGGGAUCCAGAAGUCAUCCGGUGCAGUGACCAGGAAAGGAGACCGCGGGGCCAAGGAGAAGCCGACGACCGUCCUGCCGCCGGUGGGGGAGGAGGAACCCAAAAACCCUGAGGAGUACCAGUGCACCGGCGUCCUCGAGGUGGACUUCGCUGAGCUCUGCACGCGGUGGGGCUACACGGACUUCCCCAAAGUGGUCACCCGGCCCCGCCCGCACCCAACCUUCGUCCCGUCCGCCUCUACGUCGGAAAAGCCCACCGUAGACGAACAGCCGCUGUCCGGGUCCUGCAGCUUCAACAGCCUGGAGAGCAAAUACGUGUUCUUCCGGCCCACCAUCCAGGUGGAGCUGGAGCCUGAGGACAAGUCCGUGAAGGAAAUCUACAUCCGCGGUUGGAAGGUUGAGGAGCGUAUCCUGGGUAUCUUCUCUAAGUGUCUGCCCUCCCUCAGCCAGCUUCAGGCCAUCAACUUGUGGAAGGUGGGGCUGACUGAUAAGACCCUGACCACCUUUAUCGCCCUCCUGCCUCUCUGCUCAUCCACGCUCAGGAAGGUGUCUCUGGAGGGGAACCCGCUGCCGGAGCAGUCCUAUCACAAGCUCAUGGCAGUGGACAGCACGAUCGCGCACUUGUCUCUGCGGAACAACAACAUCGACGACCACGGCGCGCAGCUCCUAGGCCAGGCUCUGUCCACGCUGCACAGCUGCAACCGGACCCUGGUCUCCCUCAACCUGGGCUUCAACCACAUCGGUGACGAGGGCGCGGGCUACAUCGCGGACGGCCUCCGGCUCAACCGCUCCCUGCUCUGGCUGUCCCUGGCCCACAACCGCAUUCAGGACAAGGGCGCCCUGAAGCUGGCCGAGGUCCUGCGCCCCUUCGAGCUGACGCACACCGAGGUGGUGGAGCGCCGGCGCCUCCUGCUGGAGAAAGGUUCGCAGGAGCGCUUGCGAUCGGUGAGGAGCGCUCGGAGCCUGAGACCUGAGCCCUUGGAACCGCUGCCCAGACAUGGGGACUCCAAAACAGAGCGUGAGAAGAAUCAGCUGAUGAGGGUCAGCAGUUUUGCAAUGGUGGAGAAAGACAAGAUGCAGACAACGAAGACCCCUAAGGGUCUGGGCAAGAAAAAGGAGAAGUCCGGGGAAGUGGUGAAGAAAGAGGAGAAGUCAGGGUCUGGGCAGUCACCCACACAAGGAACCUCUAAGAAAGAAGACUCCACAAAGACAGGCAAGGGGAAGGUAACCAUCCCUGAGCAGAAACUAAGCAAGGGAAAAGGGACCAAGACUGUGAGCAAAGAGAAGCGCAGCAUCCUCCCGGAGUCGGAGGUAGGCUGCAGGAGAAGCGGGGUGGGGGACACGUCCCUGGGGUCCAGUCCCCCAGCCUUCCUGGCAUGGAGUCUCCGGCCCUGUACUGUGGCAGCAGCCACUUCAACUCACAUUGUGCCCUCAGUCCUGGCCCCCUCCCUAAUCCAACCUGGGCUUGCAGGGGUAGCAGAGCUCAGUGCCCCCUCCCCUUCUACCUUUACUUGCUUAUUAGGAGCCCACACUUUUGAUCCUCUGCCUCAACUCAGUCUGCUUCCCGAAAGGCCAUUUGUUCCUCACCACCACGCCCACGGUUGCUCAUACAGUUGCACAGGGAACGAAGCACAUUCUCCUUUGCCCCUGCCAGCAGCUCCCCAGGAGGGCAGGGUGUCUUCCUAGUCGUGGUACUACCCCCACCCUGUGCACAGCUACUUGAGACCCUCUCUCCUUUGCCCCUGGAGCCUCCCUUUUCUAUUUAAACUUGGACCAACUUGUUCCUUGCUUUGGAAACCUUCCUGGACUGCUGACUCCAUAGCUCCCACCCCUCCGCAGUGGAGUCAGCUAACCCUAAGCCUAACCCGAGGGCUAUCUGUCCUUACACGUACCUUGUUGUAUUGUGCUUUGCAGAUUUUUUUUUUUUUUUUAUACAAACUAAAGGUUUGUGGCAACCCUGCGUCGAGCAAGUCCGUUGGUGCCAUUUUUUUCCAAGAGCAUUUGCUCACUUCGUGUCUCUGGGUCACAUUUUGAUAAUUCUCUCAAUAUUUCAAGCUUUUUCAUUA